AGCUGACACUACGUCGUCGUUGUUUGCAAACAAAACUACCGUGUGUUCAUGCCUGCUCCGUCCACUGACAGACAGCACUCUCAACUGCGGCCAUGGGGGAGAACGACGAAAGCGAGAUAAUUGAGCAUCAUGACGACGAAGAGAUGGAGAAGAGACGGCCGCCGCGGACUCACGCGCAGUCGUUUCUGGAGAGCGUGGCGUCGUCGGUGAAGGAGGGACACAGCAGCACUCAGUCCUCACACCGCCUGCUCGCCUACAGUGAUGCCCUCAUCUCCAUCAUCGCCACUGUCAUGAUUUUGCCUGUUGCACAUACAAAAAUUCAGGAAGAUGAGGAACUGAAACAGAGUAUUCAGGCUUUGCUCACUACUAAGAUUGCCGUCUAUUUGAUGACAUUUUUGAUAGUCACUGUUGCCUGGGCUGCUCAUAUCCGGUUGUUUCAAGUCAUAGAGCGCAUCGAUGACACACUUGCACUGCUUAACUUGGCAUGUAUGAUGCUUAUAACCUUUCUCCCAUACACAUUCUCUCUGAUGGCCACAUUUCCGAACAAUAUUCUUGGGAUCUUGCUGUUCUGUGCUUGUGUGAUGGUGAUUGGUUUAAUCCAGGCCUUAAUUGUCUUGUAUGGAUUCAGCCAUCCUUUCCUCCUCAAUGACCAGAUCCAGAUGUCUGAGAAUCAGGCCUAUUACAAGCAGCACAUCCUAAAAGUCAUCAUGAGGGUCCCUAUCAUGUGCCUCUUUGCCAGCAUCUUUUCAUUCAUCUUCUUCCAGCUGUCCUACGUCCUUUUGGCUAUUGUCAUAUUCCUGCCCUACAUCUCUCAGUGUUUAAAAUGGAUCCGGAGUAAAGCCAUUGGUGGUCAGACAGACGAAAGUCCCGAUUCAAUGCCCUUCUACACUUACCACCCCAGUGAGCCGCUGAGUAAAGAGCGAGUAGAGGCGUUCAGUGAUGGAGUGUUCGCUAUCGUAGCCACGCUGCUCAUCUUAGACAUUUGUGAAGGCAAUGUGCCCGAUCCGUCAGUGGUGAAGAAGAAGUUUGACAACAGCCUCAUCGCUGCUCUUCAAGAGUACGGUCCUGAGUAUCUGGCCUACUUUGGCUCCUUCGUCACCGUGGGGCUGCUUUGGUUCGUCCAUCACUCUCUCUUCCUCCACGUGACCAAGGCCACUCGUCUCAUGGGCCUCUUCAACACGUUCUCCCUGGCCUUUGUUGGUGGCCUGCCACUCGCCUACCAGCUCACACACGAGUCUCCCAGAGGCUCCCGUAACGAGCUGGAGGCUGUGCAGAUCAGCUGCGUCAUUAUUUUUUUCGCCAGUCUCUUCCAGUUAGCAAUAUGGGUGACGGCACUUUUUACGGAGCGCGAGACGUUGCACCCGUACGUGCGAUACGGAGGUCGAGAGCACACCUUUAUGCUUGCCAAGCUCUCACUGUACCCCUGUGUAGCACUCGGGACCUUCUUCAUCACCUGCAUCCUGAGCCGCUUCAGCGCGCCGAUCUUUCACAUGAUGGAAAUCUGCAUACCGUUUGCUUUUCUUUUACUGAGGCUGCUGGUGCGUGUGGCGCUGGCGCUGCUCAGAUGGCUCUUCUGCUCUGCCAGGAACGAUUUAGAACGCAUUCCAGUUGAAGAAGAGGAAUCACGGCUGCCCAUUAAUGAUAUUGUGACUUAG